AAUAGAUAGACAGACAGGUAAACAGGAUGGAUGGAUAGACAAACAGAUAGAUAGACUAGCAGUAGGGGUCAGUUGGGGACACAGAGCUGUAAAUAUCACAGCCUUGUUGAAAGGGUCAAACUGAUAAACACACAUUAAAACUCUCAUGUGACCCACAACCCAACAUAAACACUGUGGAAACAAUAUUUAACAGAGUAGAAGUGUUUGUGACUCACUGUCCCGGGUCCUGAAGACCUCAAAUAUUAUUUGUAUACAUGUUUAAGCUUUAAGCCCACCCUCUGGACUCUCAAUGUUUACACACUCACAGAGCUCAUUUACAGACACAGAGCACAACGGACAGACAGACAGACAGCUCUCCCUGAUCCUCACACAAGACAGAAGCUACUGACAAUCAUCCGCACCAACAGGAUUUAUGAUCGAACGAUGAAGGACAUCUGACUGCAGAAACAAGGCACUGAUGUGCAUGUCCUGUGAAAGAUGGGAACUUCAGACUUUACUCUUUCUCCAUACUCCAGCCAUGCUGACAAGACCGACUCUUCCCCAGACAGUCCAUUCUCUCUUGUCAAACUUGUUCUCAUCAUUCUCGGCCUGAGCACUUUAAGCCUGAUCACAAUUAUCGGCAAUGUGCUGGUCAUUCUCUCCAUCAAAGUCAACAGGAACCUUCAGACGGUCAACAACUACUUCCUGUUCAGUCUAGCAUGUGCUGACUUGUUCAUUGGGGUUUUCUCAAUGAACCUGUACACUGUGUACAUUGUGACUGGCCACUGGCCUUUAGGAGAUGUGGUGUGUGACCUCUGGUUGACUCUGGACUAUGUGGUGAGCAACGCCUCUGUUAUGAACCUCCUCAUCAUCAGCUUUGACCGAUAUUUCUGCGUCACCAAACCUCUCAGCUACCCGGUCAAAAGGACCCACAAGAUGGCAGGCAUGAUGAUCGCCGCCGCUUGGAUCCUGUCGUUCAUUGUCUGGGCUCCAGCCAUCCUGUUCUGGCAGUUCUUUAAAGGCAGCCGGACGGUUCCCGAGGGCGAGUGCUACAUUCAGUUUUUCUCCAAUGCUGUGGUCACCUUCGGCACAGCCAUCGCUGCCUUCUACUUGCCGGUCAUCACCAUGACCAUACUAUACUGGCAGAUCUCCAAAGCCAGCCGCAGCCGCGUCCGAAGCAGAGACAUUCAGAGAGUAUCUAGAGUUAGUAAUGAUGGAGGCCAGGCUGGACCAACAACUGAGAGCAACACAGAGAGGAAGUCAGACCAAGAAGGAGAGGAAAUGGUUCUACGCAAGCAGAGUGCUUCAGAUGCCACUACAGCAGCUGAUGAGCAGGAGAGUGAGAAUGACUCUAUAUCUGGAAGUGUGCUCGCUUCAUCCAAUCAGAAGGAUGAGGAGGCCGUAUCCAUAAGCACUAACAGUGACAUCAGAAGCAGUCAGACCCAAUCAGCUCCGCUGGCCACAGGAAGUUGGGUCAGAUUUACUUGCUUCAGAAGAACAUCCCAAAAGGACCUGCAAAACACCUAUAAACCCAACAACGGAGGUCAGGACAUGACCAACGGGAAGGAAAGACUGAGUCUGGUAUCACAGAAAAAUCUCGUUCCACGUCGUCAGAAGAGGAAGAGGUUAUCCUCGCGGGAGAAGAAGGUCACAAGGACCAUUAUGGCCAUUCUGGUGGCAUUUGCAGCAACAUGGACCCCCUACAAUGUCAUGGUGCUCAUCAACACGUUUUGCUCUCACUGCAUUCCAAGCACGAUGUGGAUCUUUGGAUACUGGCUCUGCUACAUAAACAGUACGGUGAACCCAGCCUGCUAUGCCCUGUGCAAUGUCACCUUUAAGAACACCUUCAAACAGCUGCUGACAUGCAAAUACAGGAAUAUUAAUGCCCCCAGGAAACUUUAAGACUGUGGGGCAAAGCUCUAUGCACUUAUAAACAGUUUCACUGAUGAUAACCAGAGUGUGCAGGUUUGGAUCCGUUCCUGUGUUUGAAAAUACCAGGCUUGUCCAAACUGUUGAAACAUUCAAAUGAUAUUUCAGCAGCCAUAUUAUGAGGAGGACUACUAAAAAGUCGCGGUGGACAACGUUUUCUUUGCAUUAUUAUAAACAAAUGUUAGUCAUUUUCAUUGCAUUUUGCUAAAAUACAUAUAUUACUGUUCAAAACUUUGGGGUAACAUUUUUGGAUGCAUCAAUUGAAUUUUAGUAAUGUAAAGACAUCCAUAAUGUUAAGUAAGAUUUUUCUUUCAAUAUUCUUUUUUUACUUUCUGUUCACGAUUUCCACAAAAUUAUGAAGCAGCACUACUGUUUUCAACACUGGUAAA